CCUGGACCUGGUCUCAGGGUCGAGACAAGGGGUGGGGGCUGGCCAGCCUGCACUGCAGGGCUGAGGCCGCAGGGCCAGGGCAGAACUGCUCAGGUGGACAGGAUGCCCCACCGGCCACCACAGUGACUUCUCCUCCCCCACCACUGGAGCCAGGGAGGGAAAUGACUAUCCCUGGCUCGGUGCCUGGCCUGGGGGCCAGCGUGAGGCCCAUUGUUUGAGGCUGGAGCUGGCGGCCCGGGGCCUUGGGAAGCCCCCGGCAAGGCCCUUUGUCCCACUUCCCACAGAUUCAGAGCCCCAGCGAGGCCCUGGUGAGCAGACGCGGCAGAGGUGGCAGCCCCGCAGGAUGAAGGCGCUAGCGGCUGUCCUGCUGGCCCUGCUGUGGUGCAGGCAGCAAGGAAGAGGGCAGGCGCACGAGGACGAGGACGACGAUCCGGACGCUGGGCGCGAAGGCUACGAUGAUGAGGAGGAUGAGGAGGAAGAGGAGGCCGGCGCCCCUGUGGGCAGCAGGGGCUCAGGGCCACAGUGCUACACGUGCCAGUCCCUGCACAAGGGGGAGAGCUGCGAGCAGGUGCAGAGCUGCGUGCUCCCCAGGACGUGCAAAGCCAUCGUCUCCUCCUGGAACGCUGAGUCAGGUCCCCAGACCACCUACUCGGGGUGGUGUGCAGACACAUGUCAAGCCAUCAGCAGGACGGUGGAAGGAUCCCUGACGACCAUAUCCUGUUGCCAGUCCAGCCUGUGCAACACCCCACCCUGGCAAGAUCCCCAGGGGAGGGGGGCAGGUGGCCCCCGGGGGAGCCCUGCGACUGUGGCCGCCACCGUCCUGCUCAGCCUCCUGGCCGGCCUUCAGGCCAUGGGGCUCUGAGUGGGGCGGUCCCUCCUCGCGCCCAGCAUGGCUUGCACCCUGGUUGGCCAGCACUCUGUCUGCUGUCUCCUGUCCCCUCCCCCAGACCAUGGAGAAUAAACUGGAAGCACCCGU